AUGGCAUCUUCUUCUUCUUCUUCUUCCUCUUUGUUUUCAACUACAACGCCUAAAUUAAUUAUCCCUGACGAAAAAUCACCUAGUGAAACAAACGAUAGUCGUUCUUCUUCUAUUUCUUCAAUACUUUCCUCGUCUGUCAUUCCGUCAUCACGAGAGACAACAACAAAAAAAUUAACAAAAAUUCUGUCAACACAAUCAAGUUUGGAACGUCAUUAUCCACCACGUCCAAUUGCAAAACGUUUUUCAAUCGACGCUGAUCCAUCGUCAAUCAUUUUAAAUACUACUCCUACUGACUUUUCUAGUAAUUCUUUACGUCGACAACCGUCAACACCAGACGCUGAAGAAAACUUAUCGAUCCCUACCUCUAACAGUAUUCAUGGUAAAGACACAUCACCUGCUCGAUCACCAUCAUUAAAAAAAAUUGACAGUUUCUUGGAAAUUCCCUAUGAAAAAGGUGAAAUAGUGGAUUUAAUUAAAUUGGCUGAUGAUCCGAAUGCUUCAACACAUAUGACAAAUGAUGGACAUGAAGUAUUACUUGAACAUGGAGCUGCUCCCUAUGAUGCAGUGAAAUCAGACAAAGAAGCUUCUCGAGAAGCUCGUAACGCUUUUAUAUUCAAUCGUCUUUUGCCUGGUGUCUAUUUUUCUUUCAUAACAGCAUGUGGUUUACUAGGCGGUUUUGGUUUUGCACUUGGUCGAACAAAAAAACGUGAAACAACAGCUAAACUUACUCGACAAGCAAAUGCAAGAGUGUUAUUUGACGAUGGUCAUUAUUUAGCUAUCAAAGCGUUACGUCGUGCUUCAAUGUAUAGUUUAGCUACUGUUCUUUCAUUCACUGGUACCCUAUGGUUGCUUAGCGGAAAACCAAAAACGUUUGCUGAAUUUCGCAUGUGGUCUGCUUCAUGGUUACCAUCGAUCAAAAGAAAAACAGAUAAAGAAAAUGAAGGAAGAAUUGAAUUUGAGAGUGUAACAGAUUUUAUGCAGUAUUUAAUUGAUGAAGAUAAAAGACUAAAAGAUAAAAAAAAGAGUAAUAACACCAACACCAACAACACCAACAACGAAUAA